GGGCGCGCUCUGUCUGGAAACACAAAAGUCAGCGAAAGUCAAGCGAAAGUGGAUGUUUUUCCUCGACAUUGAGAAAUUUCUCACGAUAAAUUUUUAAUUUCCCGUGAAAAUUGAUUCAUCCCACCUGUCUCAAUCAUCUCACCCACGUCACGACAUCAAUAUCCGCCGGAUAAAUAGUUGAUUUUCUCAUGCACGAGUGAAGCAAAGAACACGAUCUUCAAUGCCAUACGUUUUGGUGCGUGGGAAUUUGGCGUCAUACAGUCACAAAUAUCCGUGGAGAGUCUUGGUCUCCGGCCUGAAAGCGGCGGAUAUCGAACAGUUGAAUAGAUUUCCUUGUGGUGGCUAUAGUGACGAGUCGACUAUUGUGUACUUGCAGCAUCCCUGUGUAAUUUUAACAGCUCUGGAGGUGUUGGGCUAUAGAGUUGUGGCAUCAUCGUCGACGGCCGUGAAGCAGGACUAUAACGAGUACAUGUGGACGAUGCGCAAGGAAUUCUCAGAGCCAGAACCAUUCACAGAUCCUUCAGUCGGCGAGAGAGACAAUAUCGCCAAUUUUGGCCGAGAAUCCCUUUCAGGCGUGCACAAAGUCGACGUGCCGGAAUAA